GAAGGAAGGAAGCUGUAAAGUAAAGCCCGGUAGAAACUUGACAGGAUGAGGCAGGUAAAUUUGAUUCGUAGUGAGAGGAAAGGAGAAAAAAGUGGAGGACAUCAAGCGAUACAGUUGUGAGUAAAGGAUGAGGCUAGCAGAGUGGCCACUGGCCACUGGUGUGUGUGGAUUGUGUAAGGUGUAAAGCCUUGUUACUCUCAUCACUCAUGGCCUCUUCUCUUCUUUCAUUCUCUCUCCCCAAAUCAAACUUGAUCAAGGCCUGCUCUUCACCUCCUACUGCAACCUCCACCCUCUCCAUCCCGGACACUCUUGACCAAAAAUUUGGUCGCAAAGGCAUUAAAUUCUUGGAAUCUGGCAAUGUUCCACUGGUUGAGCUGACUGUUAGAAAUGGCAGCUCUCUCCGGCUUCGAAUACCAGAUGGCCUUGUCACCUCUUACAAGCCCAAAGUCAACUGGAAGGAUGAUGGGUUUGAGGAGGUUCUUUACACUCUCCCUGCAGCUGCCUCAGAUUCUACCAAGCCCAAAGGUGGGAUUGGUUUGGUCAUCAAUGAUGUAUCUGACCCUGCUUCCAAACUCUCUCCCCUCUCCACUGAAUGGGCUGUGAAGGAUGUCGAUUCUGAUGCCAUUGAUGCUCUCCAGGUUGAAUUGAGCUGCACCAGUGGAACUCUUGAUAUAACCUAUGUUGUCUCACUCUAUCCAGAAAGCAUGGCAACAGCAGUUCUAGUUAAUAACAAUGGCCGCAAGCCUGUGUCUCUUACCAGUGCAAUGCUUAGCCAUUUCAAAUUUAAGAGACGAGGUGGAGCAGCGGUCCAAGGGCUCAAGGGCUGCUCUUACUGUUCACACCCUCCUUUAUCUUCACCCUUUGAGAUUUUAUCUCCUGCUGAAGCAAUGAAAACUGAGUCUCCUGGCUGGUUCUCUUUUGAUUCUGAGUCUGAAAAAAAACGGGGCUCCUGGACCGUACAAGAUGAUCCAUACAUCAUUUUGAAGAAUAAACUGAGUAGAGUAUACACAACCCCACCAACAGAAAGAUUGAAGGAGUUCUACGACACCCCACCUUCAAAAUAUGAGACCAUUGAUCAGGGCCGUGAGCUUUUCUUCAGGGUAAUACGCAUUGGUUAUGAAGACAUAUACUUGUCCAGCCCUGGUUCCCUCUCAGAGAAGUAUGGGAAGGACUAUUUUAUCUGCACUGGCCCUGCGUCAAUUCUGGUGCCUGUGGUUGUGAACCCUGGUGAAGGGUGGAGAGCAGCACAAGUUAUUGAGCAUGACAAUUUGUAAUUACAUUUUUUAAAGAUAGAAUCAAAAUUCCAUUUUAUUUUCUUUUCAAUUUUUUUCUUGAACCUGGAUCCGUUUUUCUUUUUUAAAAUCAAAGUUGUAAUAAUAUAGUUCUAUUGUCUACGGUCAUAUUUGAAUUUCCAAUGGAUGAAAUUCAGGAUUCAUGCGUACUCGCAAUAUUUGUAAGAUAAGGUUAUAUGCUUUGGCAGAACACUCUAUAUAUGACCAACAGUAAAGAGAGAAUGGGAACUAGUCAAAAUGAAUCAUGGGAAGACAAAUAUCCAAAAUAUCUAUGGAGUCUUCAACUACAACCAACCAAAGCACAAGGGCAAUUAUCCAAACGUAUUAUCCAAAUGUAGGCUCCAGAGUUCAGAAUAAAGCCAAAAAGGAUAAAGAGACCCUCCCUCCCUCCCUCCCUCCCUCCCCCUCUCCCUCCCUCUCUCUCUCUCUUUCUCUCUCUCUCUCUCUCUCUCUCUCUCUCUCUCUCUCCCCCAUGUAAAAGGAAAAUAUAAAUUGUCUAUCAACCUAAAAAUGAUUCUGCAUUUCUGAAGAAGCAUGACCAUGGCUUGCAGUCCUUUCUUCUCACCCUGCCUCGGUUCUCUUUGGUCCACAAAACCCACUAAACAUCUCCCUUGUCAUCUCUCUACUCCUUUCCAAUAUAGCAACAAGAGAGAGUUCCCAUUGGCUGCAGUAGCUUCAGUCCCAUACAUACCUGCUAAUGUAGACUAUUUGGAGACACAGUUCAGUGGCCAUGGAGUCACCUUUGAGGGUAUAGGUGACAGCUAUGUUGUCAAGAUGGGCUUGGAAAAUGGAAGCUUGGCCAGCUUGAUGCUGCCAAGCGGCUUGAUCACAUCAUACAAGGCUCCCAUGUGGCAUGGGGGGACGCUAGAGGUGCUGCACACAACAGUUACAGAGGAGGAUAGUGGCGCUGUUAUUCAAGGAGGGGUAUCUUUAGCCUUGGAAUGUGAAAGUGAUGGUGGGAUUUCAUGGUCUCCAAGUUCUUGGAUUCUUCAAGAUGUUAGAGGAAAUGCUGAAGAGCUAAUUCAGGUAGAAAUGGUUAGCAGCGACUCAGAGAAUAUGGCUGAAGCUAAAUACAUUGUGACUCUCCAACAAGAUAUAAUAAGCUCGGAGAUUGUAAUAUCAAACUUAAAAUCUUUGCCCCUCCAACUGACUGGCUCUGUCAUCAGCCAUCUGACAGUCAGUAACCUGGAUGCAACUUAUGCCAUUGGAUUAGAAGGAUCAAAUUUCUUCAGCAGGACACCAUUUUUGUCGAACUUUGGUUUAAUUCCCCCAGACUUUGGCCAGAAAAAUGAAGUGGGUUCUAGCCAAUUAUGGGGACAACCUGGGAUCAGGAGAUUUUUAUCUGGCUCGAAUGCAAAAAACCAGAACAAUGCAGACCAAGUAGAAAGAAUAAAAAAGGAAGAAAUGGAAGGUGAAGAGGAAGACAACUACAAGCAGUUGAGUAGUGAAAUGAGUAGGAUUUACACCAGUGCACCACGGAACUUCACCGUCAUUGACAGGGGCAGAAGAAAUUCUGUUGUAGUAGGAAGAGAUGGGUUCAAGGAACUGUACAUGUUCAGUCCUGGCUCCACCCAUGAAUGCUACAGCAAGUACACUUACAUAUGUGUAGGCCAGUCAGCUGUUCUUAAACCAAUAAUCCUAGGUCCUGAAGAUGUAUGGAGAGGUGGGCAACAUUUACACAACCCAAAUCUCUAAAUCAAUGUGAGCCUGAGGCAAGCUUGGCUUUUAUCUUCUUUAUAUGCAGAUAUCAGAUGAUCUUCUUGAGUAUUAAUACAUGCAGUGUUUCAAUGCA